CCCACCCCCGGCAGCAUGAGUUUGUGCGUCGGGAACGGCCCCCCAGGGUGCUCCUGGAGCUCAUCCAGAGGACCAAGGACGCGGUGCGGGAGCUGGACAACCUGCAGUACCGCAAGAUGAAGAAGAUCCUGUACCAGGAGAAACACCACGGCCCUCUGGGAGAGAGCCUGGAGGAAGAGGAGCAGGACAGCGAGCAGGCCAGCUGUAAGAUGAACAGCGUGGGCAGCAACCACUCUGUCCCCAGCACGUCCCUGAGCACGGGCAGCCAGAGCAGCAGCGUCAACAGCAUCCAGGAAGUCCUGGAGGACACCAUGAUGCACCAUGACUAUGACAGCAGCCUGGAGACCCCCCCCCACGACAAGAUGGCGGCCACGGAGUCCCAGUAUAGCUGGGAGGACGGCUUGCACAGGGAGCAGAGUGCAGAGCUGCGGUCCGCGUCGUCCGGCCGGAGCAGCCAGGCCUACAACUACAAGAACCAGGGACGUUUCGCCACCAUCAAGUCUGCCUCACUGGUGACCAAGCAGAUCCAGGAGCAUGAGCAGGAGAACGAGCUGCGGGAGCAGAUGUCGGGCUACAAGCGCAUGCGACGGCAGCACCAGAAGCAGCUGAUCGCCCUGGAGAACAAGCUGAAGGCGGAGAUGGACGAGCACCGGCUGAAGCUGCACAAGGAGGUGGAGACGCAGGCCAACAAUGCCUACAUCGAGCUGGAGAAGCUGGCCAAGAGGCACACGGCGCACAUGGACAAGGAGAUGAAGACAGCCAGCACGGAUGAGAAGAAGUUCCAGCAGCAGAUUGUAGGGCAGCAGAAGAAGGAGCUCACCACCUUCCUGGACAACCAGAAGAAGCAGUAUAAACUCUGCAAGGAGAAGAUUAAGGAGGAAAUGAACGAGGACCACAGCACCCCUAAGAAGGAGAAGCAGGAGCGCCUGUCCAAGCACAAGGAGAACCUGCAGCACUCCCAGGCCGAGGAGGAGGCCACGCUCCUGGGCCAGCAGAGGGUCUUCUACGACAGGAACUGCCGCGCCUUCCGGCGCAAGGUCAUGCUCCGGCGGCAGGAGUUUGAGCAGGAGCAGAUCCGGGAGGAGUUGAACAAGAAGAAGAGCCAGAAGGAGAUGGAGCACGCCAUGCUGAUCCGCCACGACGAGUCCAGCCAGGAGCUGGAGCGCCGGCAGCUGAAGACCCUGCAGAAGCUGCGGAUGGACCUCAUCCGGCUGCAGCACCAGACAGAGCUGGACAACCAGAUCGAGUACAACAACCGCCGCGAGCGCGAGCUUCACCGCAAGCACGUGCUGGAGCUACGGCAGCAGCCCAAGAACCUCAAGGCCAUGGAGCUGCAGAUAAAGAAGCAGUUUCAGGACACGUGCAAGGUGCAGACCAAGCAGUACAAGGCGCUGAGGCAUCACCAGAUAGAGGUGACCCCCAAGAGUGAGCACAAGGCGGUGCUGAAGGCCCUGAAGGAGGAGCAGACUCGCAAGCUGGCCAUCCUGGCUGAGCAGUACGACCAGAGCAUCAACGAGAUGAUGGCCUCACAGGCGCUGCGCCUGGACGAGGCCCAGGAAGCAGAGUGCCAGGCGCUGAGGCGGCAGCUGCACCAGGAGAUGGAGCUGCUCAGCGCCUACCAGAGCAAGAUCAAGAUGCAGACGGAGGCGCAGCACGAGCGGGAGCUGCAGAAGCAGGAGCAGAAGGUGUCCCUGCGCCGAGCUCACCUGGAGCAGAAGAUCGAAGAGGAGCUGGCCUCCCUUCAGAAGGAGCGCACAGACCGCAUCAAGAGUCUGCUGGAGCGCCAGGAGAGAGAGAUCGACUCCUUCGACAUGGAGAGCAUCCGCCUGGGCUUCGGCCACCUGGGGGUCCUGGACUAUCCCAAGGACGACUACAGAUGAGGGGAGUUCUGGCUCCUCGCCGUGCCUGGGCUCAGCACAGCCUCGCUGGGUCACCCCAACCCCAACCCAGCAUGGUCUGAUCUGACCCGGGCUUGGUCUUUAGCUACUGAUGUCCUUACUCAAAUCCCCACCAAUAGAAGCCCGGCACCAGGGGCUGGGCGGGGUCACGAGCCAACAGGCCCCUCCUCUCGUUGUUGACGUUAACAUAAAUGAUGCUGGAUGACUUCCAUUAGUUGUCAUGUUGUUGUUUUUGUGUAUGAAUAACGAUACAAUAUGUCACCGUGUUGCUGUGUCUUGUGCAAUGACGACACUUCUGGGGGUAACUGAAAGUGGAAACGAGAGAGGAAACAGGAGAGGUUUUGAGUGACAGUGCUGGGGAAAUUGCGUCAUUGGGAUCAUGCGUUUAGAGGAAAUCUGUCUCAAACUGUGCAAAAAGUUCAAAGCGGAAAAAGCCCAACGUGAAACCAACUGAAUCUUUCUUCCGCGGCUUCGCCUGGCUGCUUCAACUCUUUUUGGUAUUUAUUCAUCAGGAGAUUUUUAUCGCAAAUUAGAACAAUUUGAUACGCAGACAACCUUUGAAGUAAUGCUGUACAUGUAGGUACAUUUAAUAAAUGUGACUGAGAAUUUGAUAAUUAAGCUGGGGGGGCACAGAGGGGGAAUUGCAUCCUGGUACUUGGUGUUUCGUACUGAAUCUCUGCACUGGCAGCCAAUGUGAAUAAUACCACAUGUAUACUCCAACUCCCAGGUAGCACAAAGGGCUUUGAGGGAGGGAGGGGACAUGUAUUUUGUGUACAGAAGGAUUUAAGGAGAGCUUUUACUUAUUUUCGUAUUGUAUUUUAACUGUGACACAAUUUUUUUUAAUUUUUUUUUUAAACAAUGAUUUUGUUUCUCCCCCUCAUCGUGCAGUAUUUGAGGUUGAAUAAUCAGUCAACAGAAUAUUUCAGAAUUUCCAUUUAAAUCAUUUUCUGCUUUAGCCACAACUCUGAAGCUGUGUAUUUUCUUAUGAAUUCCAUCAGUACUAUGCUUUACUAUUGCAUGCACUUUAAUUUCUUUUCCAGGUUAAGAGAACGCAUGAAUCUGUCAGAGCUUUUAAUUAUAUUUGUAAAUAAAGUGCUCAACACACA